UCAGAUCGUGUUAUUCUGGUAAAGGUAACUAACUAACUUACCGAUCUUUUGAAAAUUUAAAGGAAAAUAAUGGUACGAGUGAAUUAUUAUUAUUAUACUCAACACUUCAACUCGUGAUUUAGGUAAGUCCAUACAAGUAGGUAGAUUACCAAUAAAAACUGAGACUAUUGUAUAGCUCGUCAAAAAUAUAAAACAAAUAUUUGAACCAAGUAAUUAAUAGGUAUCCAUCUAUCUAUCAUUAUGAUGAUAUUAUCUUCACCGCAACUCUUGCACGGUCUUCAUCUGUUUAACUAAAACCUGUUGGCUAAUUACAACAUUGUGGAAAAAAAUACAUAAAAUUAUUAAGGCUAGUUUAUGCAAUUUUUUACAGGUUGUUUUUUUCUGAUAGUAAUAUGUACCUAUAACUUGGGUACAUUAUAACCAUUAAUUACCUACCUACCCUAUAAAAGUACAAUACGUUAUAACCAUGGCUAUAACUAGGUAGUUAGGAACCUAUGUAGAUUGUAUACUUUAAUUAUUAUUGUACCUACAUGUUUAAUUUCAUUUUUUAAACAACAAAAAAUAAAAUAAACAACAUACUUACUGUUGGCCAUUGUGUAUUGCUUGGGCUUGAUUAAACAAAAUAUAAUAUUAUAUUGACGGAAAAACAUGAAGUUUUAAUAUCCGAUAGUUUAUCCGUUGCUAAGGAGCUUAACUUCUUUUUUUCAUCAAAUAAUCCUGAGAUAGAAUCGUUUUUAAUUGUUUAUUCCAUGCACUAUGUACGUUUUUUAUUUUUAUCACUUUGGUGUUAUCAAUUGUUAUCGUUGUACUUUAUCCACCAGAAACUACACGACCUUUCCACGAGUUUUUUCCCCUCAUAUUAUAGGUACCCACUUUUUUUUUUGUAAAUAUAAAUAAUCUUUUGUCCGUUUCGGCGGUCUCUUUCGUGAAGCUAUACGGUAGUUUUUAAAGAUACCUGUACCCAAAAACAUGUUUACAGUAACUUAGUUCGUGAAAGUGUGAUGCAAUUUUGUGUUGCCAGUUCAAUUAUUACUAUCGUUCACCUAUUUUCCAAUAUCGUUGUUAUGCAUUAGUUGUUUGUCCACGAUGGCUGCUAAAAUACAACCAUUCGAUCCUCCAAGUUCUGCUAGUUCCGAUAGGUAAUUCAUACUGGUUUUGAGUGAUAACUAAUAUAUUUUAAUUUAAAUAUAUUAUAUAUAAUAGGUUUUAGUAAAAUGAAAAUUAAAAAAUUAUUAGCAACAAUUAAAAUAUUUAGUUGAUUAAUUAAGUGAAUACCUAUGUAAUUGUUGAUCUUUUACAGUUUAUAAACUUUCUAAUCAUUUAAUGAUACUGAUUUUUUUUAAAUAUGUGUAUUUGACAGUUGUUUUUGUGUUAAUAAAUCAUUUAUAUAUUAUCUUGAAACAUCAACGAAAUGACCUACUUUCUUAAUUUAGUAACAUUUGUUUUUUUCAUAACAAAUCAGUUUGUUAUAUUAACUUUCAAUUGUUUUUAACUCAAAUUGUAUUAUGAUCAAUCUAUACAUAUGUUAAAAAUAAAAAAAUGAAAAAUACAAAUUACAAAACAAGUAAUUUCUGUAUUUAUUUCCAGUGAUUUGACCGAAUAUCGAGAUUUAGUUGGUGACAUUUCAAUAGCAAUAGAUAAUGAUGAUGAAGAAAGUGAUAGUAUAAUCUCAUCUAGUAUGUCACCAUCAAAAACACCAACUACAGCUCCUUCCACUGGUAAUACAUUAUUAUUAAUAUUAAUAAUAAUAUUAUGUAAAUUCUAUUAAAUAUUGUUUAAUUGCUGCAAGAUACACAUGUUCAACAAUUUAAUUGUGACAAGUUAAAUAGUUAUUUUUAUUGGUAAAUGCUGAUGCAAUCCUUAUUAUAAAUUAGUUGUUCUGAAAUUCAUAUGUAUUUUUAUGAACUAGAUAAUUAUACUAUUAAACAAACAUAGACAUUUUAAUUAAUUGCCGACCACAGUAAUCUACUCAUAGAUAUUUGUGUUGCCGACUUAUGUGUAACUACUUAUUAAAUAGUCACUACUGUUAUUUUUGUUAAGAUAAUAAUAAUGUACUCUUACUGUGAUGUAGUAUUGGUGAAAUCGCCUCGGUCAACCUUACGGCAAAGGACAACGUCUGUCAGCCAGUCGACUAAAAAAACAGCUACAGAAUCAGUUUUACAGUCACAUACUCGCACAAUUUAUACAGCUGGUCGGCCACCAUGGUAUAAUACUGCUGGACAACAAGUAGAACCAUUUGUUAUUGGUGUGUUCCUAUAAAAAUUAUUGAAUUGGAUAUGAAUAGUUGGCGUUUUUUUUUUUGUAACAAAUGCAAUAUCACUAGACGUAUAAUUUGUCAUGUAGCUAAUUAAGUGUAUACACCAUAAUAUUUAGGUGUAUGUGGUGGAAGUGCUUCUGGGAAAACAACUGUGGCUAGAAAAAUAAUAGAAUCAUUAAAUGUACCAUGGGUUGUAUUGCUUAGCAUGGAUUCAUUUUAUAAGGUUUAAUUUAAUAGUAACUGUUAUUAAAUUAAUAAAUGUCAAAAUGUUUCAUAUUAUUAACACAACAUUUAUAAUAAAUAAUUAGGUAUUAACUGAAGAACAACACGAGAAAGCUGCCCAUAACGAGUAUAAUUUUGAUCAUCCAGAUGCAUUUGAUUUUGAACUUUUAAUUGAAACUUUACAAAGAUUGAAGGAUGGCAAGAAAGUUGAAGUGCCCAUUUAUAAUUUUGUAACGCAUGCUAGAGAAACUAAAACUGUAAGCAUUUAAUUGCUUCCUUAUUAUAGUAAUUUAUAAACAGAAAUGUCUAAAUUUAAUGUUUUAAUAUUUUGUCACUGUUAGUUGAAUGUUGACAAAAUAUUAGUUUGUCGUAAAACUAUCAUUUAGUGUAAUGUUAGGCAUGGUUAUAAAGAACAGGUUAAACAUCUACUAUCCAGAACAAAUUAUGAUUGGUGUAGUUCACGAAACUUCUUCAUGGGUCCUAAAUAGUGUAAAAUUUCUAUAUAUUUAUAUGGGUACACAAUACUAACUAAUUUAUCUUUUAUUUAAUGAAAAAAUUGGGUUAUCAUUUAUAAUUUAUUUCUAGGGCCAGAAAUGUAAUUUUCCAUUAAACCUAAAAACGUACUAAAAAAAAAAAAAAAAAAAAAAUGAUAAUAGAAUCUUAUUUUCAUUUAAGAAUACACAAAAUAAAAUUUGUAAUAAAACGAGCAUCAAACAACAACCUUGGGAAAACUGUACUAAGUUUAUUGAAAUCAAAGCUUUAAUUAUAGCACUCUUUUAGUAAAUGUAUACUCUAUAAAAUAUUUUCUGAAAAUUGGAAUUCAGAAAAUAGAUCCCUAUCAUGGUUAUAAUUUAUAAAGAACAGAUUAGCUGUCUAUAAGUAAUUUGUUAUUUUUUUUUUGGUUGAAUUAUUAUUAUUUUAUUUAUAUUUAUCAAUUUUUCGAAAUUGUUUUAAAUUUUCAGAAAAUAUUCUAUGUAUUAUUUAUUAAAAUCAUUUUAUUAUAAAACAGUUUAUUAUUUUUAAUAAAUAAAAGAUAAAUUAAUUAUAAUAUUAUUACCAUUUAAAAACAUAAAUUUAACACUAUUCACUGAUGGUUUAUGGUGGUAAACUAUAUCCAUCAUAACAAGCUCUGACCCUAAACAGACGUAUACAAAUCUUAAAGUGAUGGUUACAUUUGUUCUUUGUAAUUGGGAUAUAAGGUAAACUAUUGCUAACUGUUACUACUGGUAUUUCAAGGUAUUCAACUUUUGGUUAGUAAUCAAUAAAUUAAGUAAGGAAUUUUAUUUAAGUUAAAUUAUUAAUCCUAGUUAAUUUAUUUUCAAACCUUAAAUUAUUAUUUUGAUUUAUAUUAGUUGUUGUUAUUUCAACCCACAGAACUAAUGAAAAUCAUAAAGCAAAUGAAUUGUUUACAAAUAAUUAUUCUAUUAAUUGAUUUUAGAAAACAAUGUAUGGCGCUAAUGUUAUAAUAUUUGAAGGAAUUAUGGCAUUUUAUAAUUUAGUAGUUUUGGAGGUAAGUAAUAUUUAUUUGAAUAAAUUAUCGAGUUAAGAAUUAGUUAAAUGUUCAGUUGAUACAUUUAUACAUUAUUCUCAUUAUUUUAUAUUAUACUUUAUUUGUUUGGACAAAAAUUAAUUGAUUUUUAGUAAAACAUUUACCUAAUUAUUUAUAUAAAAUCAAAUGUUUAUUUUAUUUUGUAUUUUUACAGUUACUGGACAUGAAAGUAUUUGUAGAUACCGAUUCUGAUAUCAGAUUGGCAAGAAGAUUAAAAAGAGAUAUAUCUCAAAGAGGCAGAGAUCUUCAAGGUGUUUUAAAACAGUAUUGCAAUAUGGUGAAACCAUCAUUUUCACAUUAUAUUGCUCCAUCCAUGAUUCAUGCUGAUAUUAUUGUUCCUCGUGGUGGUGAUAACACUGUUGCCAUAGAAUUAAUUGUUCGACAUGUUCAUAAACAACUACAAGCGGUGAGUUAAUUUAUUUUUAUAAUUUUUGUCAGAACUCGCAAGUAUAAAUUUUAAUAUAGUAUAAUAUAAUUCAUAAAAUAUAAGUUUCUAAUUUUCAUAGCCUAAAUUAAUACAAAAAUAUAAUAAAUACAUUAUUUUAUUUAAUUGGUUAAUUAGAGUAUUAUAUAUUAUAUUAGUAUACCCAUUAUUAUUGUAUUGUUAACGUUUGUAGUAUUUGGUAACUUUUGCAAUUAAAAAUUUGAUGAUGUUUUUAAAGUUGUUAUUAAACAAUUUUAUCAUAGAUAUACAUUUUUACUUGAAUUAUUUUAAUAUAAUUAGAAAAUAUUAAUUAAACUUAAAACUACAGUAAAAAAGUUAAACAAAAUAUUAUGUUGAGUUAGAUAAUAGAGUUCAUAUAUUAAAAUAAAUAAAUCAUUUCAAACAAAAUAUACUUUAUACUAAGUAUACUUCAUAAUAAUCAUAAAACAUAUUUGUUAUUUAUUUAUAAACACAAAUUAACUUAGAAUAUUAAUAACUAGAAAUUUUAAUUUUAUAAUGUAAAAAAAAGUAUAAUUUUUGUAUGUAGUGUUAUUAAUGAUACUGUUAAUGUAAUGUUAUAUUUGGUGAAUUGAAUUUUGAUUUUGUUGUCGUUAAAAGUGGUUCUGCUUUUGAUAUGAAAAUUGAGUAUGCGAUUAUUCAAUGUAUUCAAUCUAUUAUACAUUUAAAAAUAUAAUUUUUUGUCUAUUAAGCAGUAAUAAGUAUUCAUGUAAUAAACACUUAUAGUAUAAACACUAUUCAUCGUUGUGUUUCAGAUUAGUAAAACAUGCAAUUAGUAGUAUUUUAUCUGUUAAAAAAUUUUAAAUAUUGUUUGGAUUUGGGAAAGUUAUUGUUUUGAAUAAACUAAUUAUAUUAGUAAGCAUGUUAUAGUUGAUUAAAAGUGAAUACUAUUGUAAUCUGAAAACAAUAUUUUGCAAUUAUUUUAAUGUUUUUGUAAUAUUUGAAAAUAAUAACCAACAGCUACCUUCAAAAUUUAGUCUAAGUGAGACAAAAAUUAAUUGUGAUUAUUUUGUGAAAAUUUGAAUAAAUUCUUGUAAAUCGUGUGUAAUUAAUAUUGAUAAGUAAUAUUCUUUCAUGAAUUGAUUUUUACAUUAUUUAAAAUUUAUUAAUUUAAAUUAUUAUUUAAGUUUUUUUUUUUUUUUAUUUCAAAAUACUUGGUGUGCUAUUUAGGUUGUUCUAGUAUAAUAUUUAUAUAUAUGUUUAUUUGUUAGUUUCUAGAUUGUAAUAUUAUUUAUAUUUUAAAUUUGUAACUUAAAGAUAGUUUAAGGUCGAAAUUAGUUACCAUUUUAAAUGUAUAAUACUUAAGGCAGUCUAGGUUGUUAUUAUUUAUAAUUUAUGUUCAACUAUACAUUUAUUAUUAUUAAUUAAUAUAUUUACCAAGUUGUGGUCUGUAUACUAAGCUACAUGUGGUCUUUGAAUGGUAAAACAUUACAUUAACUUGUUCAACUAUUAUUUUACGAGCAGUGCAGUUAUUUAGUUAUUACUGUGUGAUCAUAAUACUUCUGGUAUGUGUAUGUGCAAUACAAUUUAUUUUUUUUUUUAAAUUGCAACACUAUUUUUGUUCUGUAGAUUUGGGUAUGAUAUUUUUUUAUUAAAUUUUUGUUUGCAAAGUAUUUUUCAGUUAAAAAAUUGACUAAGUUUAAGUAAGUCGAAUUUGAGUUUAUAUAAUGUAUAGUUAGUUUUGAAUAUAAUUUGAACUUAUACAUUUAAUUGUUAAUUUAACAAAUACAGUUAACAAAAUAAAAAAAAUAAAAACAACAACACGCACCAAAAAUAAUAUUUAAUUAUGAUACUUAUUUUAUUAUUUAUAUUGGUCAAAAGUUAAAAUUUCAUAAAAAAAAAAAAAAAAAUGCAUUAACUCAAAUUUGUUUGACUCUUAGUAACUUGAGAUCAAUUUUGUAAUCAGAAAAAACUUUUUAUGUAAACAUUGUUUUUAAAAUUAAAUAUUCUACCUCAAAUCUUUCAUACGUUAUUUAAUAAUCAUAUAUUUCAAUUGAAAAAAAAAUGUAUAGUAAUAAUUUGAAUGCAAAUAUCCAUUCAAAAUUUCAAAUAUAUUUUAUUUUUUGUAAAUCAAAAUGUUAUUACUGUUAUCAAAAUUUGUUUAACUUCAAUUAAAUGCUAAAUAUUCUAUUAGCAUUCUUUUUAAAGUAAAAAAUUGAUUAUUUAUAUUUUUAAAUUUGAAAAAUUAAACAUGAUAUUACAUUCCUAAUAUAAUAAUGAUCACCAUAUAUUUUUAUUAUUUUUGCAGUUUAUUGAAAUCUCAAAACUUGUUUUACUAUGAAUUAUGAGAAUUAAAAAAAUUACAUUUUAAUUUUAAUGUAGCAUAUCAACCUUGGCAAUUAUUUUAUUUUAUCUAAUUGAAUUUGUAGUACUUCAUUAAAUUUACAACAUUUUAAUAAACCAAAAUAUAUCUAAAGUAAUUAAUAUUGUAUUUAGCAUCGUAUUUCCAUGUCUACUAAUAUAAUACAUUAUUAUUAUUAUUAUUAUUUUAGUUUAUUACACAUGAUUUGUUUAAUAACACUUAAAUAGUAUCAGUUCAUUGUUUGCUUGUUAAUAAAUAGUCUAUAAUCGUUUAAACAUGUUAUCAAUGAUAAGCUGAUUUAUGUAUAUUCUUAUAAUCACUGUUAAUAGGAUCAUUUAAUAUAUUAUCAUUGUAAUAUUAUACACAAUAUGGUUUCAGUUUUAGUUUAAAUAUCAAACAAUCAUAAAUUAGCAAAGUAGACCAUUAGUUUCUCAGUUUUACAUUUUAAGGAACAAAUUAAAAAUGUGAGUGUAUACUCUAUAAAAAAAUUUGUUUUUCAUUUAAGUUUUUAUAAAAAUAUAUUAUUAAUUAUUAUUAUUUUAUGUUAUGUUUAAUGUUAUAGCGAGGAUUCAAAUUACGAGAAACACUUGCAAUGUCAUACAUAGGUCAACCUUUACCCAGUUCUAUACAUCUAUUGCCAUCCACACCCCAAACUCAAGGUUUACAUACGUUUAUUCGAAAUAAGGAGACGCCUAAGGAUGAGUUUAUAUUUUAUUCCAAACGGCUUAUUAGAUUAGUUAUUGAGUUUGCACUAUCACUAUUGCCAUUUAAAGUAAACUACAUUUUUGUUUUCUUGCAAUUUAAUGGAAAAGUAUUUUUAAUUUAUUAUUUGUUUGUACCUAAAUAGGAUGUUAUUGUAGACACUCCACAGUGCAUACCAUACUCUGGCAAAAGAUGUGCUAGUGAUAAGAUAUGUGGUGUUUCAAUUUUAAGAGCUGGAGAAACAAUGGAACAAGCGGUUUGUGAUGUUUGUAAAGAUAUUCGUAUUGGGAAAAUUCUGAUUCAAACAAAUAGAUCUACUGGAGAACCAGAAGUGUGUAAUUUAAAUUUUUAUUUUGGUUUAUAUAAUAAGUAUACAAAAUUUUCAUGUUUAGCUUUAUUAUUUGCGUCUACCUAAAGAUAUUAAAGACUAUAUGGUUAUUUUGAUGGACGCCACAGUGGCUACUGGUGCAGCCGCAAUGAUGGCCAUUAGAGUACUUUUAGAUCAUGAUGUUCCUGAAGAUAAUAUUUUAUUGGUAUCGUUACUAAUGGCUGAAUCUGGUAUGUAAAAUAUAUUGUCAAGUAUAAUGUAACAGUAGUAAUAAUAUUGUUAAAUGUUUUUAAAUAUUUUUUUUAGGGGUGCACACAAUUGCAUAUGCAUUUCCUCAAGUGCGCAUCGUUACAUCAGCCGUCGACCCAGAAAUUAAUGAAAAGUUUCAUGUUUUACCUGGAAUUGGCAAUUUUGGUGAUAGAUAUUUUGGUACUGAACCAGAAGAGUACUUAUCCAGUUAAUAAUGUACAUAAUUGGACACUUUGAUUGCUUAUAUUUUACUCCUAGUUUGUGAUUAUUAAUUUACUAUUAUUUUUUCCAACUAUUAAUAUCUCAUUACAGUAUCUAUUACUAUAAAUAUUUGAAUUAAAUGUACUUAGCAAAAUUUAAAGACUUUUAGUAUUAAAUUAAUUAUCAAAGUAUUUAACAAUACAAUACAAUCUAUUUUAUCAAUAAAAGAUACCUAAUUUUAAGAAUUCUGAUGUUUUGUAUUUUUGUUUGUUUGAACUU